GCAUUUCCGUUUCAUGCGCAAUGAACAAGACUCGAAAAUAGUGGCUAACACAUGCUAAUCAAAUUACUUUGAUGCAAACAAACACCAAUAUACUCAACCUCCAAACCAAGCAAUGCAUCUUCAGCACAUGCAUUUCCACACAUUUAUGGGCAAUGAAUGCCACAUUGCCACUGACCACAAAUACAAAGUAAAUGAACCAACUGCGCCAUUAACAACUUCACUGCAUCUUCUUACAAAUUUUCAUUAGAAGAAAAUUAUAUACAUCAUUAAAUUAAAAAAAAAAUGUUAGGUAAAGUGGUUAUUUUUUUCACCUUAGCGCUUCUGAUCUUCAUUCCAUGCUCAAUUUUAAUCGGAACACUGGACAUUCGAUCUUAUUAUCAACAAUCACCGUCGAUUAUUGCAACUACUCCGUGCGCCGAUGAAGCUCCAUUAAGAGUCUACAUGUACGAUCUCCCUCGCCGGUUCAACGUCGGAAUGCUCGACGGCCGGAACACAACGGAAGCUCCGGUGACCAUUGCUGAUUAUCCGCUGUGGCCUGAUAAUCAGGGUUUGAGGAGGCAGCAUAGUGUAGAGUACUGGAUGAUGGGUUCGCUUCUUAACGGUGGUGGCAAUGGAAGUGAAGCGGUAAGGGUUUUGGAUCCGGAGGUUGUUGAUGUGUAUUUUGUUCCGUUUUUUUCUUCGCUUAGUUUUAAUACCCAUGGCCAUCACAUGAGGGAUCCGGAAACGGAGAUUGAUCAUCAAUUGCAGAUUGAUUUGAUGGGAUUAUUAGGGCAAUCAAAGUAUUGGCAAAGGUCUGGAGGUAGAGACCACAUAUUUCCUAUGACACAUCCCAAUGCAUUUAGGUUCUUGCGAGAUCAGCUGAACGAGUCUAUUCAGGUUGUUGUUGAUUUUGGCCGUUACCCCAAAGGUGUAUCUAAUUUGAACAAGGAUGUAGUGUCCCCAUAUGUACAUUUCGUAGAUUCUUAUGUAGAUGAUGAGCCUCAUGAUCCGUUUGAGUCUCGCACCACACUGCUUUUUUUCAGAGGGGGGACACACCGUAAGGAUAAAGGCAUUGUUCGUGCUAAAUUCACAAAGAUAUUAGCUGGUUUUGAUGAUGUUCACUAUGAAAGAAGUUCUGCUACAGGAGAAAACAUAAAAUUGUCAUCUAAAGGGAUGCGUUCAUCAAAAUUCUGUUUGCAUCCAGCAGGAGACACACCUUCCUCUUGCCGCCUUUUUGAUGCAAUCGUGAGUCACUGUGUUCCUGUUAUUGUGAGUGAUAAAAUUGAACUCCCAUUUGAGAAUGAGAUUGACUACUCUCAGUUCUCAUUGUUCUUUUCUUUCAAAGAAGCACUGGAGCCUGGCUACAUGAUCAAUCAGCUUCGCAGUUUUCCAAAGCAGAACUGGACUGAAAUGUGGAGGCAACUUAAAAACAUCUCCCAUCAUUAUGAAUUCCAUUAUCCACCAGAAAGGGAAGAUGCUGUAAAUAUGCUGUGGAGACAGAUCAAGCACAAGCUUCCAGGAAUAAGACAAUCAGUUCAUAGGAGCCAAAGGCUUAAAAUACCAGAUUGGUGGAAGAGAUGAUUUUCAGAUUUCUGAUCCAUCCGUUCUCCAAUUACAGCGGCAUCCCCGAAAGGGAAGAAUAUAUUGACACGAUCACUUCAAAUAUAAAAAUUUAAACUGAGAUUUGAUAGCAUUCUGAUAUGUGAUUUUUUUGGUCCUUGGCCUCUGACACCUCACUUGCAUUCAUGAUAUUCAUCUACAUUCUCUGUGCGGAUGGCUUCUUUUCUUUCUGGUUGUUUUGGAUGAAACUGGACACUAGUUGCCCAAGUGAGAAGAUGUGCUCUCAGGAUUUAUCAAAAAGCCAAACACUGCUUGUGCAUAUGCCACAUGAAAAUGGUUUUGAAGUUUUUGAGGGUUACUGCCUGACUGAUAGAGGCCAGUAAGUAAAGAAGGGAAAAGGGCAUAUAAACAACAAAAAGAGAUUACAACAGUUUACUGUUAUUCAACCUAUUAGUUUGUACAUAUUUCAUUCAUUGAAAGAGAAUAAUAAAAUUCCUUUGAUUAUGGAAUUUAUUUUCUAUGUGA